AUGGUAGCUAGCCUAACUCGCGACCCCGCUGACGAACCAGACCUCGCCGCUCGGCUCAUGAAGAACGCAUUCAGUCAUCUGGAGAAUGAACUGCUGGAACAGAAACCCUUGUGCAUUUUGCUUGCGCCUGAAUGGCGAAGGAGCCGCGACAAACCUAUCGGGAACGAUGCUUUGGUGUCUAUAGCCGGCGUUGUGCGUUCGCUAGGCGAAAUCUCUCCUCCUCAGAAGAACUGGGACACAAUUCUCAGCAAUAUGCUCCAAAUCCCCAUACUGCAGCCAGAUAACGCCCCCGUGUACCGCAGUGCUGUCCUUCCGUUGCCCAAAGCGCUGGGCCUUAUCGGUAACUGCGAUUCUUCCGUGACUGACCAGGUCAGGUCGUGGUUUACCGCGCUCAUUGAGGACCAAGACAUCCUAGAUUCCAUUGCUAUAGACAGCGUCACCUUGGCCGACAGCGCUUCUCGCAUUGGUGCCCAGCUUCGUUCUCGGUGGUUCCGAGGAAUUCGACGAGAGACGGUCUUCCUUGACAUUAACGUGCUCAGAUUCCCUGACGCAGACCAUCCUUUCUUCGAGCUGUACAAGCUGAAGGUGGACGCCUGGAUGCAGAGGUGGCCCUUCUUCAGUCUAAGACGCUCCAUGAAUGGCCUGACAGGAGUGUUUCAGGCGUACAAAUUCCAACCUCAGAAGUCCAUCAUCAACGAGCUCUCGCCACAGACGUUGGACAAAGCUAUCCAAGAGGCUGAGGCUCUCCUUGACAGUAAGGGACAACUACUGCUUGCGUUCGGGUAA